AAUUUUGUUGUGGGAAAAUAGGUUAGUCGGAGAUGGUCGGUCACAACUCGACAAACCCCUAAAUGUCCUUUAGUUUAAUCGUACACCGAAUUAAAGUGAGACUGCAUUCCCUGCUGUGAAAUGACCGAGUUCAAGAUCGGACAACGAGUCCACUCGGUUGGGGACUGCCGGAGAAUCGGUAGUGUAAAGUAUGUAGGAGAAGUAGAAGGCUACUCCGGCAAGUGGGCAGGUAUAGAAUGGGACAACGAUGCUCAAGGCAAGCACGAUGGGUCUCUUAACGGGGUUCGCUAUUUCCAAGCUAAAUCUGCAACAUCAGCCUCUUUUGUUCGGCCCCACAAGUUGAGUCGUGGGAUUUCUCUUUUAGAAGCUCUUGAUCUUAGAUACCGAUCAACCUCAACAAAAGAAGAAGAGGAUGAAAUGUAUGUUCUUUCUGCUACGAAUAGACGAGUAUCUGUUCAGCUCUUGGGCAAAGAUAAAAUUCAAGACAAGCUUAACCAGUUUGAGGAUUUGGCUAGUGCAUCAUUGUUUUAUUUAGGGGUUAGCUCUUGUGGGCCUCCUUCUCAACUCGGUGUUAGUGUACCAAAUCUAAAAGAGCUUGACUUGACAGGAAAUUUGUUGUCAGAAUGGGAAGAUGUUGGCACCAUCUGUAAUGCGUUACCAGCUCUCGUGGCUUUAAAUCUAUCUUAUAAUAGAAUGUCACAUCAUGUAGUGGGUUUGCAAUUGAAGAACAUUAAAAUUCUCGUUUUGAAUAAUACUGGACUCAACUGGACCCAAGUUGAACUACUUAAAGAUUCACUUCCAGUAAUUGAAGAAUUGCAUCUUAUGGGGAACAAAGUGAAGAAUAUACAGCCAACAUCUUCCACGACUGUCCAAGGAUUUAUUCAUUUGCGCCUUCUCAAUUUAGAGGAUAACUGCCUAGCUGAUUGGAAUGAAAUCUUGAAACUUUCUCACCUACAAAGAUUGGAGCAGCUUCAUCUGAACAAGAAUAAUCUGAACUGCAUACGGUACCCAGAUGAUGAUGCAAUGCAAAAGUUGGCCAGUGGUUGUGAGUCAUUUGAGAAAAAUAUUGUGCCUUUCCAAAAUUUAUGUUGCCUUCUUCUAGGAGGUAACAACAUUGGUGAUCUAGCUUCUGUUGACUCUCUUAAUAGUUUUCCAAGGUUAACGGAUAUAAGGCUUUCCGAAAAUCCAGUAAGUGAUCCAGGGAAAGGUGGCAUUGCAAGAUAUGUUCUGAUUGCCAGAUUAGCAAAAGUUCAUAUCUUGAAUGGGAGUGAGAUAAGUCCUCGGGAAAGGAAAGACUCUGAGAUUCGUUAUGUACGCUCUGUGAUAUCAGAGCUCCAAGGUAACCAGGAAGCAAUAAAGCAGCGUCAUCCAAGGUUCUCUGAGCUUAAAACAUAUCAUGGAAUUGAGGAUGAAAGGCCAUCAAAUCAAGCAGCAGGCCCUCAGAAAAUGGCUUCUGGCCUUAUCUCCAUCACUUUGAAGUGCGUAGGAGCAUCAAUCGGUGAAAAGCCCCCAAUGACAAAGAAGCUUCCCGCAAGCACAACAGUUGGCAAGCUAAAGAAUCUCAGUGGGAGCUUUUUUAAGUUCAAGGCGAUAAAACCAAUAUUGUUUCUCCAAGAAGAGGGGUCUCCAUUGCCAUUGGUGCUCGAUGAUGAUAUGGCUUCCUUGACUGAGGCUGGAGUUUGCAAUGACUCUACCAUCCUGAUAGAUGAAGAGAACUAGCAUUAAGGCACAUCUUGUUUCAGGCUGCAAAGCAGAUGUCAAACUUUGCUGAUGCGUACUGAGUUCUAGUUGCAGAAGUUUAAUGUUGUACCGGCAAGCAUGGGUGAAAACGUAUUGCACAUUGGUCAUAUGUAAGUACCUGGAGAAAAAAGUCACUUAAUGUUAAACUUGCCUACAUGCAUUUUGCUGUUCAUGGCAUUUUUGCUCGCAUUCGUUUGCAUUUUAUUGCACUCACUCUUCUUGGUUCAUUUGUUCCUCGAAUAGAAAGGUGAAUGUCAAUUAUUUUUUAGUUCUACUGAGUCGCAAGUAUAUUGGAGUUUGGAGUCCGGAAUACAUAUAACAUUAUUUAUUCGUGGAACAACAUAUUACCACUUGAGCUAUGUGAUUGCGCACUUUGUAUAA